GGUCACCGAGACACAAAGGCCUGAAGAAGACACACUUCAUCAAGAAUAUGAGGCAGUAUGACACCAAGAACAGCAGGAUUGUGCUCAUCUGUGCCAAGCGGUCCCUGUGUGCUGCCUUCUCUGUCCUACCCUAUGGAGAAGGCCUGCGGAUCAGUGACCUGAGAGUGGACAGCCAGAAGCAGAGACAUCCAUCUGGGGGCAUUUCCGUUUCUUCCGAGAUGGUCUUUGAGUUGGAAGGCGUUGAGCUGGGAGCCGAUGGAAAGGUUGUGUCAUAUGCGAAGUUCCUGUAUCCUACCAACGCCCUGGUCGUGCACAAGGGUGACAGCCACGGCCCACUGCCCCAGCCUCGGCCCAGCAUCCCCCGGGCUCUGCCAGGGCCAAGACACAAACCUGCCCCUGCCAAGUCAGCGCCAGCCGGCACAGAGCUAGCCACCUCCCCUCAGGGCCUGACGGUUCUGAUGGAGGCUCAGGGGCUGGCUCUGCUCACAGGGAGCGACGGGGGAGACACCCUGGAGUACAACCCCAACCUCCUGGACGAUCCACAGUGGCCCUGCGGCAAACACAAGCGGGUCCUCAUCUUCGCGUCGUACAUGACCACGGUGAUUGAAUACGUGAAGCCCUCAGACCUCAAGAAGGACAUGAACGAGACCUUCAGGGAGAAGUUUCCGCACAUCAGACUAACACUGAGCAAGAUUAGGAGUUUGAAGCGGGAGAUGCGGAACCUCUCUGAGGAAUGCAGCCUGGAGCCCGUGACAGUGUCGAUGGCCUACGUGUACUUCGAGAAGCUCGUCCUGCAGGGCAAGCUCAACAAGCAGAACCGCAAGCUGUGUGCCGGGGCCUGUGUGCUGCUCGCUGCCAAGGUCAGCAGUGACCUCCGCAAGAGCGAGGUGAAGCAGCUCAUUGACAAGCUGGAAGAAAGAUUUCGAUUCAAUAGGCGCGAUCUCAUCGGCUUUGAGCUCACAGUGCUCGUGGCUCUGGAGCUUGCACUGUAUCUUCCCGAGAACCAAGUAUUGCCUCAUUACAGACGCCUCACCCAGCAGCUCUAGCCCAAGCCGGGCAGGAGGCUGCUGUGCAGAUGCGUCCUGGCACAGAAGCCCUCUAGCGCUCAUCCCAUCGGCCCCCUUCUGCACCCACCCUCCACAGCUGGCGCAAGGCUCGUUUCUUUAGCCUGUUUCCUUGGAAAGGGGUAUUGAUUUCAUUCCACACCUCUAGGGGUAUUUCUGAGUUUUUUCCUAGAUUUUUACAUGAACAAAAUAUGGGGUUUUGUUAUUGUCUCCAUUUUCCGUGUGUCUGGCACCUUUGGUUUGUGUUGUGCAGUCAGCAAUGUCACUGCUGAUAUGCAGCGUCUUCCUCCCUUACCUCACGGAACAUUGCAGCUGUCACACCAGCGUUGUUGGGGAAAUCAGGGUCUCCAGACCUCACUGAACACUCUGGACUGCAAGUUCAACUUACGGAAGCAUUAACCCAGGCAUCUGAUAUGGAAAUGCCGCCACCUUCGCCACAUCAGCAGGAGGAGCUUUUGGUGUCAGGUUGAGACUGCAGAGCAGCCACGUUUGUCUUGCUCUCGUUUUUUGACUCUUGGACCUCUGUUUUCGGAGCAUCAUGUCACUGUGAAAUCCUGACAUCCAUGUAUUGCAUACCCUGACAGGGAUCAGCACAGAUGCUAGCCCAGCCCAUGCCAGGAUGCACCCCCUGCCUGUCACCAGGAAAGCCCACCUUCCUCAACACUCCAGGCCCUCAGGACGACCGCCGGCUCCUGAUUUGCCUAAGCGAUUUUGUGAUGAGAAAAAUAACAUUUUGGAUUUGGUUCUGAAUCUUUUAAGGGAACAAAAACUGGUUACAUGAGGUCUGCUGAAGUUGUGACUGGAAACCACACUUGACCCUCAAGCAGGAGAACACUGACCCCUUCAUAGCCCUUGGCACCCUCAAAGGGCUGGGUGUGUCAAUGUCUUCCACCUAGGAGGAAGUAGAUGCUGUCUGGGCCAACUCAGCCAGGGCAGACCACUGUGCUAAGUGGACCCCAAGCAGUGGUCACUGUCCCUUCUGUGCAGGUCUGUGCCCAUCUUCAGCUUUUCAAAGUUUGUCUGAAGUUCUGGUGAGUUCUAUGUGGUCUGCUUCUCCAGCUUGCUGCCCACCAAAACCACUCUGAAGAACCAAGAACUGUUGAGUUUUUCUUCAUGGGUCAGUGGUCUCAAAAAUAGCCAUUCUGUUGGGGCCACCAAGCUGUCUUUACCACUGUUCUAUGAACCUGCUUGUCCCCCAGUUAAUACAUUACGUUCUGUUCAUGCAGACUGGUGUUUCUGCAGAGAUGCCAGCAGUGCUGAUGACAGCACUCAGCUGCCAGCAACUCCACCCAGACCCCCACCAGAGGCACAGGACAGCUGCCCACCCACUCACUUCCUGCAGGCCCACACCCACCUGGCCCAGUGUUCCUUUUCCUUCUUGAGCCACUCACCAGGACCUUGAGAACCAGCAAUAACAGGAGUACAUGAAGGAUGGGCAGCAGGUUGGAGGACAAACCAAAGCCCUUAUUCUGACCUUAUUUAUUAUGGAGUGUCUUGUAACGAUCUGUCUUCCUAAGCCAGGGACGGUUCCAUCACACCUGAUGUGCACUCAAGAGGGAAGGACCCCACUGUGAAGCUGCUAAACUAUGUGUAAUGUUGGGCCUGAGCUGCAGGCAACUUUCCUAUGAAAAGCAACCUGUUCUGCCGCUGACACAGCACCUCAAGGGUACUUCCACCUUACGAGCGCUGCAAGGGGCUGAUUUCCAAAACACUUGUUCUGGUUUACAACCUACCCUUAAGGGACACAUCUUCAAACUUUUCAUAUAGGUAUUAACAGCAAGAAAGUGGCCAACCAACCCAACACUUUAAGUGUACUGACACAGUGAAAGUCAUUUGUCAGACUGGUGCAUUUGAAGCCCUGCCUCUCAUGCAUCCUUUUUAAUAAUGCCAGGAGCUGCUACUGUGUGUGUGGUAUUCAAGGACUACUGCAACAAAGCCAGUAGUCAAAAACAAACCACAGCCUGAACCCAUCAUCCUCUAAAACAAGUCCAGAUGUCCAAGCUGUGUGGUGGUCAGCUGGGCUGUGACCACACAGAAGCAGACCUGGUGCAGUUUGCUCAGCACCCAGCAGGAGUGGUGGCUAUAAAUGCACAAGAGUAAACCUGACCUCAGAAUGCUUAUUUGUCACAGAUGACAUAUUUAUGUUUUAAAGUAAAACUUGGUUUUGCAACAUACUUAA